UAUUUAAAUUUUUUUUUUUAUGUUAAUUCCUAAUCAAAAAUUUGUUCCAAUGAGCUUGUCUAAAGUUUUGUACGAAACACGAAGUUUAGAUAGAAGCGGUAACAAGGUCGGAGAAAUUAGUUUUUGCAGUGUUGGUGAUGUUGAUGUGAAUGGUGGUGCGUUCAAUUUUACCAACUUUUCCGCUCAAAACUCCCAAUUCAGAGCCACCUAUCUAUGGAAUGACCUAAUUGAUCAUUUCAAGACGAACAUCCCCACAAAAAAUCAUCGUUUGAAAUUGAAACAGUUCGAAUCCUGUUUCACAGGCAGUGAGGCCGUUUCGCUCGUGUACAAUUAUCUCCUGGCAGAGAAAGACAAAUUCGCAACUGGCAACAAAACCAUUCAAAGAGAGAAUGCUGUCAAAUUGUGCAGUUUGCUGGUUAGAUCACAUGUUUUUGAGUCAGUAAGAACGUCAUCGUCGUCAUCAUCCUUUGUAGAUAGCAAUACAAAUCUAUACAGGAUUGCAAACAAAGAUACAAUGCCUUGGUUUGACCAGUUGGGCUAUAUUAGUUCAAGGAACUAUAAUAAUAUUAACAACAUUAACACCAACAACAACAACAAUACCAAUAAUAAUCUUAAUAAUAAUAAUAAUAUUACCAAAAAUAAUAACAAUAUCAGUAAGAGUAAUAAUAACAUUUGUAAUGUCUUUACAAAGCCUAAAAGUACCAUUCUUAAAACCAAAAUUGAGCACAAUAACAGUAACGACGAUAAAGUUACUACUACUACUGCUACUGCUACUACUACUACUACUACUACUACUACUAAUAAUAAUAAUAAUAAGUUCAAAGCUCAGACAGAAAUUUUACCAAAAAAGAAUAAAUACUUUUUCUUUGGUUUCAACAAGAAAGCAGCAGACUGCAACUCUAUUAUCGCCCGUCGUCGAUUAGUCAAUGCCGGAAGUCGUGAUAAUGCUACUGGGGUAUUUAGUGAAAAUAGGUAUGUGCGGAAGUUUUAUGACGAGAGUUCUGACGACGACGCUGAUGACAAUCGUCACCGAGAUAAUGCUAAAUUUAAGUCUCCAGAUACAAACAUCGAUAACAAUGACGUCAUCAUCAUCAUCGUCGCCAUCUUUAUCAUCAGCAUCAUCAUUGACUACAACAACAUUAACGGGAAUCAAAUGAAAAGAAUGAGCCUGUCACCUUGUGAAAUGUACAUCAACGCUAAAAUUGCGAAGAUAAAAACUGAUAUUUACAACAACAACAACAACAAAAAUAAUAAUAAUAACAAUAAUAAUGAUAACAGCGAUGAUGGUGUAACGAUGAAAAGAUUUAUGUUGAGUAAGCUGCUAUCCCUGGUUGAUAUCCCCUUUCUAGAAGACAUCAUCGAGUAUAUCGAGUCAUCAUCGUCGUCGUCGAAAAAAUCAUCAUUAUCAUCAUUUUCGGCAGCAUCUUCUUCUUCUUCAUCAUCAUCUUCAUCAUCAUCGUCGUCGUCAUCUUCUUCAUAUCUCAAUUUUAUAAACGAAAAGUGCUUUGAACAUAACGUUUAUCAUCUUUUCAAUAAUAACAACAACAACAAAAAUAAUAAUAUUAAGGACAACAAUAAUAAUAAUAAUAUCAGUAAAUGCGACAAAUGUUGGCUCUACGCAUGCUCAAUGCUUCUCAAGCACAUCCCUACUGGCCGUCAGGUUUACACGGACUGCCUGGCUCACCUUCAAUUUGCUUCUAAUGAGAAUACUACUGCUAUUAAUAAUAAUGCUGUUAGAACAAAUAACGAUUAUGAUGCCAUCUUCACAACCGUUCUGCAGGCCGUUAAAAAAAAUUCCCUAACUUUUCUAAUUUUCCCUGAUCAGUUCAAACUCGUGGUACCCCAAAUUAACCAACUCCUGAAUAGAAAUGAUAAAAGCAGGGCGAUAAUAGCCGUCAAACUUGUGGCCAGGCUAAUGAAGAAAGAAGAUAGAAACUAUUUUAAAUGUUUUUUGAUCUUUGCUAAAUUAUCCAUGCUUGAUGAAGAGGCUAGUCGGAGGAUGAUUCAUGCUACAGCUCAAAAAGUAACCAUGAAAAAUUACAAUGAUUUAAAAAUUGGCCUGGGGCUCCUCAACAUAAGAUCUAUAAUGUCAAAAUAUGAAAUGGUGUGUGAUAUAAUUCGUGGAGAAUUGGAUAUUCUUGUAUUAACUGAAACAUGGCAUGGGUCGUCAGAUGAGUUUGCUGUUCGAUGCGCGAUGCCCCCUGGUUAUAAGUUUGUAGAUUACGUCAGACCUCACGAUCCAUAUCAUGGCGGAAUUAUAAUUUAUUUCAAGAAAGAGUUCAUUUAUAAACCUGUUGAGUUACCCGCCGUGAUAACUUUUGAAGCUGUUGCAAUUAAAUUGAGAGUAAACAAACAAUCUGAUUUUAUUUUUUUAUCAAUUUAUAGACCUGGAUCGGUUCCUCCUUCACCAUCGUUCUUUUCAGAGCUAGCAAAUGUUUUAGAAGUUUUAUCUCUGUUAAGUGAUAAAAUCGUUUUUGCGGGAGAUUUUAAUGUUCAUAUGGAGAGAAAAGAUGAUCCAAACACAGUCUCACUGAAUGAGGUUUUCGAUUGUUUUCAGUUGGUUAACAGGAUUAACGAACCAACGCAUGAAUUAGGUGGUGUUUUGGACUUGAUCGUUACUUCUCGCUCUUUUCCUAUCUUUAAUAGUUUGAUUUUUCCCAGUGGAGUGUUAUCAGAUCAUGGAUUAAUCCAGGUUUGUUUGUCAAUCAAUCAAGUUAUAGGUACGAGAAGUAAAAAAAUGGUUCGAUCCUGGCGACGCAUAAAUGAAGAAAAUCUCGCAUUGUUAAUUUCGAAAUCUCCGAUUGGAGGGCCAUGCCAAGAUGAUAAUAUAGAAACGCUGGUAGAGAUUUUUGUGAAUGAACUGCGGACAUAA